AUGUAUAUUCUGGCCAACCCAACCAAAUAUGACACUAACAUGAACAAAACAUUAAUGGUCUUGUCGUACAUGAGGGAAGGGACGGCAUCGCUCUUUGCCCAGAAAUAUUACUUUGAUAGAGAACUCCGAGAAUACAAAGCAACGGAGACCAAAUUGACAUGGGGAACGUUCAAAGCUUUUUUAAAAGAAUUAGCCGAAUCAUUCAGAGACGAAAGCCUCGAACAAAAGGCGAGGCAGAAGCUGUUCACCAUAAGAAUGGGAAAACAAUCCGUAGACGAAUUUGUCACGGACUACCUCAUAACAGUCGGAGAAAGCGGAUUUGAUCUAGAAUCCACUGUCGACUACUUCCACCGAGCCAUACACCCGGAAAUCCUUAAACAGAUUUACCGGCUCCCAGAAAUGCCGACCACCAUGGACAAUUGGAGCAUAAAAAGCUCUGUACCCUCUAUUCUGGUUCAACAGAACAACCCCUUUUGCUACAACUCGUCAAAUGCUCCCUCUUCCAUAAAUAACUCUGUCGUCCCGAUGGCCGUCGACUCAGAACAAAACAAGUUACGAAUGGAGGGUGGGUGUUUUUAUUGCCGUCAGAAAGGACAUAUGGCGAACCAAUGCCCUGCUAGGGGUUCGUCUAGGAUACAUGAAGGGUCAAUUGGACAUGUUCAACAGAGUGGUGGAAAGAUGGGGUACCGCCCGGCUCAGGCCAGUGGAAGGAUGGCAGCAGGAGGAGGGAGCUAUGGCCGAGCAUUCUCGGCAAAAGCUCAGAGCAGUGAUACAAGAAGCGCUACGAUCCAGGGUGGAAGUGUAGUGACGACUAACCCAUUCCAAGCCAGGCUCGCAGCGCGGCAAGCCUACGCAUCCGGACCGGAUGAAGCUAUACAUCAGGAGGAGCCUAAGAUUAGCCGAGAAGAAAUCAAGAGGUUCAUAGGCAAGCUGAGAUGGGAUGAACAAGAAGCGCUCCUUCAGGAAUUGAGUGAAGGAAGCAGGCAAAAGGAAUUGGAUUUUUAA